CGGAAGAGGCGUGGUUUUGGCGACUUCGCGCGAAUUUCCUUUCUUCUUCCUGUGCAGUGUGAACAUUUCCGGAGAUCUGUUGUCGAUGGACGGUAUUUAUACCUUCACCGAUUCAUUGUAGGUUAGUGCAGUGUCUCUCUAUGUCCACCACCUGCACCAGAACCAGAACCUCCACCAUGUCUCAGGCUCGAGUUACUGACUUCUUCUCCCAGAGAAAGAAGGGCGCCGCCGGCUCAGUGAAAGCAGCCCAGCAGCGCAGGUCUGGGAUCAGGUCUAGGAUCAGCACUAACGUCGCCAGCACCAGGUCCAGAUCCUCGAAGAACACAGUUGACCUCCUUUGUUCGUCCUCCGUCCACGAAGAGUUUGUCCGAGUUAUCGACGAGGCCGCGGAGCUAACCGUCGGAGCGGGUCCUGACGGUAAGCCCGCCGAGCAUCCUCCCUCGAGUCCCCAGACACCGAAGCGGAGCUCGGCCGAGACAGAGUUCGACCUCGGGGCCGCCGUGUUUUCAGCCACCGCCGACCACAGCACGGCAAAGAAGAGGCGGCAGGCGGAGGUCGUUAGUGCCGCUAAAGCUGCCGUUGACGUCCCGGAGAAAGCACCUAGGAGGAAGGCCAGGAAGAGACUGCUCCUCCCUCAGGACACCCCGCAGCUCCGGCCCAGUGAGGUGACCCAGCUCCGGCCCGGUGACCACCUCCAAACCAACAGCUCUCCACAGAGGAGUCCAGUCAACAGCAGGGACAGUGGAGGACGGGCCAGCAAGGCUUUGUGUAGAGAGGACAUCGCAACCCUCAAGUCUUGCCUUCAGAGGAUCAAGAAACACACAGAGGAAUUCACCAGCGCUGCUUCAGCUUCGAAAUCCUCCUCUUCCUCCUCUCCCUCCUCUCCAGCUGCUUCAGCUCUCAACAGUACCACCCCCCCUGUCCCAAAAACCACAACGCCUGCCACCCCUGAUGCUACGGCCCUCAAGUUCUCUGUAGCACAAGUCCGAGAGCUUGCAGCCAAAGCUCAGCGGAGGAAGGAGGAGAGAGAGGCCAAGGAGAGCAAGCUGAGUGAGACACCAGCCCAGGACAGUACUGAGCAGCCUGCAUACCAGCGGUACCACACUCUCGCCCAAGCGGCCCCCCCAGGUCUAUCCCUGCCUUACCAGUACAAGGUCCUGGCUGAGAUGUUCAGGAGCAUGGACACGGUGGUCGCCAUGCUGUACAACCGCUGUGAGACGGCCACCUUCACCAAGAUCAAACAGGGCGUUCAGGACAUGAUGCACAGGCGCUUUGAGGAGAGCCACGUUGGUCAGAUAAAGACGGUGUUUCCUGAAGCCUACACAUUCAGACAGGAGAAGAACGUCCCAACCUUCAACAGCAGCGUUAAGAAGAGCCGCUACCAGCUCACUGUGGAGCCCGUCAUUCUCUCUGACCAGACUGGAGCUCGUCCUGUCCUGGCAGCCUCUCGCCUCCUGGAGAGAAGACACAUCUUCCACCUGAAUCAGGUCUCCAUAGUCAAACAGCACCACAAGGUCUUCCUGUCCUCGUUGGUUCCUCCGGUGUCCGUUCCAGAAGACAAACUGACCCGCUGGCACCCUCGCUUUAACGUGGACACUGUGCCAGCCAUCUUCACGAGCCCGCUGCCGCAGCCUCCUCACAUCGACACGCUGGCCACAGCUCAGGAGGUGCUGGACAAGGCUCGCUCACUCAUCACACCAAAGAUGGAGAGGGCUCUGGUUUCCCUGGCUCUGAAGACAGAAGAUAAAGAGCCAACAUCUCCACAGAACCCAGCAGCACCCCAAGCAUCAGCUCAGGUCCCAACUGCCCUGAAAGGAGUGUCCCAGUCCCUGCUGGACCGGAUUCGGGCGAAGGAGGCCCAGAAGCUCCAGGCAGCCAUGACUCGAAACCCCACCCAGGAGGAGCGUCUGCUGAUGAUGUCACGGCUCCCCGAGCUGGCCAGGAUCCUCCGCAAUGUUUUUGUAGCAGAGAAGAAACCGUCUCUGAUAAUGGAGGUGGCCUGUAACAGGACGGUGGCCAGCUACAGAUCUGCUCUCAGCACAGGUGAAAUGGAGAAACACAUCCGUCUGCUGGCAGAAGUGGCUGCUGAUUGGCUGACCAUUCAUCCUAUCAGGAAGGACUUCUACCUGAAGUUGAACAAGAACAUGGAGCUCAACAUAGUUCUGGACAAACUGAGCAACAAACUACGAGAGGAGGAGAGAAUCUGAGCUAGAUGUGAUGGCCUUUCAGUCCUCGCUGUGGGAGCUGCCAGCAGACUGGACACAGGCUGCUUUACAGGGAAACAUGUUUCAGUGAUUUCGCUGGUUUGUGGGCAGCAGGCUCGUGUAUCUUACAGUUUAGACGCACCAUGGGUUUUGUGGUGUGCCCUGCGCUGUACGCUGCCACAAACUGUUCUAAGAACAGCUCCUGGACAGAGGCCACAUGGGACCGACCAGACCUAGUCCUGGUUUUUCCACCAUCAGGGGGACGGUGUUGUAAACCGGUUGUUUUAACCCCACUACUGUUCUGUUGCUUUGUUUUAGUUCCUCCAUGAAGGGGUAAUAUCAGCUUCCAGACUUUUUAAGGAUCUAUUUUCUACGACGUUGAGCUGAUGAAUGUUUCUAUUUUUAAAGGUCACUGUUUGAUAAUGUUUCAGAAAUACAAUCAUUUGUCAGAGUUCUGCUUCCCCCAGUUGUUUUCUGUGAAUGCAGUUUAUUAAAUCUAACAAUGUGUAACACAAAGGCA